ACAACCUAUAUGCUAUUUUCUUUUACGUUUCACAGACUCGAGGGUAGGCUAAAUGAUGACAAUUUAAAUAUAACGUGAUAACAGAAAUGGUAUAAACACAGAACAUGAACUGUAUCGACGGAGGGAGGAUCUGUUUGCCUUUGGUGUUACUACGACAACAGACAUAGUGCUCUGUCUGGAGAACGCUGACACGUUCCAGAACAAAGUUGAUAACAAAUGUUUAGUAUCGUAAUGCGAAAGACGCAGUCUGCAGUGUCGAGCGCCGCCGGUGAUGAAGUGCUGCAGCUCCGCGCGCUCUGGAGAAGAUACGAGCAUCACUGCACGCGGACUAACAGCUGUCCCAGUGCACUGCUCAGGCAGGACAUCCUUCACCAAAUCGACAGACGCGAGCCCCUCAGAAAGAUAAUGCUGUCAUUUCCAGAUUGUGGGCCUUCAGACUCAGUUCUACCCAGCCUUCAGCCUCUGUUAAUGGCUAUACGAGAUGAGCGUUACACACAUGCACAAGAAUUCCACAUCUGGAGUCUGUCUCUCAAGCAAAAAGAUAUAGUUGAGCUGUGUCUUCUUUUGGAGAAGAAGGGGAGGACAGUUUAUCCCUUUAAAUCACUGGAGCUACUUGAUUGCAAACUAACUGAAGGGUCUCUGGCAAGACUGGGCAAGGCUGCAGCCGUCAGCUACCUCACCACUCUCUGCCUGGACUACACCCGCGUGGAUCUGGAAGGGUUGAAAGGUUUGCUGAGUGGAGGUUUGGGGGCCAGUCGAAUAUCCUCCCUGAGUUUGUGUUACUGUGGUUUGGGUUCAUGGAGCGGAACUCUGCUAGCUUCACUCCUCACCAACAGUUCUGUGAGGGAGCUGUACCUCAAUGGCAAUGAGCUGCAGUGUGGGGGUGCCGCAGAACUGCUGAAACCUGUGGCCGAAAACAACCAAAAACUGGCAGAAAUCCAAAACAGGACCACAUCCAUCACAGAUGAAACAGAGUUGAUCUCCCAAAGGAGCAAUACCACAUCUUCCAGACAAAAGAAAGCAAAGAGCAAAGGGAAGAAGACAAAGAAGAAAAGAGAAAAAAACAAGAGCGGCCAUGGCGCCGCAGGAGGCCCGUGGCUAGAGAAGCUGCACUUGUGUGAUAAUUCCAUUGAUGGCUCAGGAAACGAGGGACCAAAUCAACUGAAUCACUUCCUGCAGAUCCUUUGCAUUGUUGUGAAGUUCUCCAGUUGCCUGACCGAACUGGAUCUCGGUGAGAAUCACAUUGGAGAAGAUGGUGCAAAAGUGUUUUUAGAGGCCCUGAGAGAGAGACAAGCAACUAAACUAUCUCCAAUAAAAAUCCAGGUUUCAACACGCAUGUCCACAGAAACAUUCAGUGCCAUUUUGAAAAGUGCAAAGGAGCUUAAAUCUGGGAAAAAGAGAAGAAAGACUAAGGGAAAAAAUAAGUAGACCAUCUGAAGGAUAUCGAAGGAAAUUGCUGACAGACACAAGAAUGUUUUUCCACGCUAUUUCUCCAUGUUUUUAAGAAUCAUCUUCUUUUUAUGUGGUCUGAAUUGAAUUGGACAACAUCCGUGCAUCAAAUGUGACCGCACAGCAGACUCCCAGAUUGUGAACCACUUAUUUGUUAGCGGUGCACUGGCAUGGGGUUCGGGAACAGAUCUUAUUUUAUGUUGCUCCACUGGGAGAUUGAAAUAGCAGAAGGAUGUUUGUUCUUAAGUGCUUCUUUCUUUUUCUUGUCCCUUCAUCAAGUACAUAUUUGCUACCAGAAUGUUAUAACAGUUUAAUACAUGCAAUGUUUAUAUUUUUAUAAUAAUGUGAACGACAGAGUUAGCAUUUAUUCACGUGUUUCUGUGAGCACUACAUGUUGAUUGAAUAGCAGACUAGAUAUAUCUUCUGUUAAAUUUGGUUUUGUCUCCACCCUGUGGCCAAGAAUGAUAAUGCACUGUUUCGCGUUGUUUUCUAUGGAUUUACGUUUUACUUCUGUCUCUGUAGUGGAACAU